UUAUCAGUUGCUUGAGGAAUUUCGUUACGCACGGAGUGUGCUCGAUUCGCCAGUGCCAGGCGCAGUUUUUCUCUGUACACAAUUUUUUGUGGAUUUCGGGUUCUGCUGAAGUGAAUUCCUCCUUCGGGAUUUUUUGCCUGAUUUGCGCUCGUCGUCCCCGCACACGUGCUACGGCGUUUUGUGCUGGUCAUUGCGCGCUGCAGCCGCUGGUCAGCCGCGAGUGCAAGAAGUGAAUAGUGGAAAGUCGGCGGACGCAAGCUGACUGCAGUAAAAGAAACAUUUGAGCCGCCGCAGCUGCCAAGGAGUCAGCGGACCAAGGUCGUGGAGGCGCAGAGUGCGAGCGAGCCUGCCCAACGUCUGGAGGGCCGGUCACCACCCCCAGCGGUAUCCACUUCCGCCCUCAACUGAAAGACUUUCCCGAACUGGAUCGCAGCCCCUGCGGAACGCGUACACCGGAAGGAAGACACCUCGAACGCACUUGGCUGCAAGUUGGAUACUUCCGCCCCAUCGCAGAGUAAACCCUCGCAUCGGCCCCGAGCGUGGAGUCGCUGGAACUGGGCGGUUUCCAGUGUGCGGUGUAAGCGCCCCCGUCCAGCCGCCCCGAGUUGAGUGCGAGUCGGAUUCUAAUUGCCAUUUCGUUCGUUUGAGAUGAUUUUCCCCAAUUGAAUGCCAUCCGGUGUGCCAUAAUAAUAAUGCAGUGCCGCGCAAGUCGGUGGAGCCCGCGGACGCAGCUCUCGUCAUCGUCGUCGGCGCUUUUGGAGCCGCUGCGGUCGUCAGUGGCGCAUUAGCGCAAUCGUAGCUGGCUGGCAGUUGCCCAGUCCCACAGUUGCUGUGGCUCGCAGCCGCCACAUUCCAAGCGCUGCCGUGGAGUCCGCGCGAGACCACUCUCGCCACGCGUCGAUGGCCCUUUGGACGCCCCAGCGAUUGGUCCCGACCCAACGGACAUCAGACUGUCACUAUCACCCGCGUCGUCCUUCCAAACUGGCUGCCGCUCCCGCGGAAGGUCUGCUCCUCCUGCAAAACUUGCGAGUGUGCCCCACCGCCCCACAGUGCGCGCGUGUUCUAGAGAAAGGCGAAAGGAAGAACCUGACAAGUGCACGGUUCCAGUGCUGAAGCUCCGACUCUAACGAUCCUUCGCGAAACUUGAAUCCUGUCCCCGUUGCGACACGCCCUCGACCCCGGUUCGACCCGUCGAAUACCCAGUUGCAGGGACCCUCCAUUCACCCUCGAAACCAUCCACCCCCGCCAGGCGCUCUGAUCGAUCGGCUCUCGUCCUUUCCAGUGAUCCCUUCCGAAAGGAGUCCCUCGAUUCGAUUCGUGACGAAUUCAACGGGCAGAGGUUUCACGCGACCCAGACACCCCCUGACAACCUCCUGCCAAGUGAUCUUGUCUCAGUUGGUGCAGUGAUUUGUUACGUGUCCAAAGUAUCCCCCCGAGCAAGAAGAGAGAGUAAAAUCUAAUUGAAAUUGAAAUAGGAAAUUGCAAGCGAAAGGAGAUUCGCAGUAGAAAGUGUGAUCGAUGAAAAUGAAGUGAUCCUGCCAAUGGUCAAAGAGCAAAAUAAUGAAGUGUCCGAUUCCGAAUGCGAUUACAAGAAAGUCUGUGAAAACGCUAACCGUUGCAUCGUAUCCGCUAUCGCUAUCGCUAUCGUCCUUCGCGAAAUCGAACAAAUUGUGGAUUAUCCGUUCGAGAUAUUUAACAAUUGGAUUACGCCCCGAGAGACAUCGAGCCCCGAGAGAAACGUUCAUCGUUCGCGAUCACGUCCUUGCUAGCUCGACUGCACCCCCGGCUACGCCCCAACAGGGCACAAUCUUUGGAUUACACUUUUCUAGAUCAUCGUCCAGUGGAAGAGAAUCAAAUUCGCAAGAAUUGAUUGCUUUUUGAAAUAAAUAAGGCGAUUUGCUUAAGGAUGACGGAUUUUGGUGGUCCCCGGCUGAUGCUCCGAGGACAUUAGGCUUAAAAUUAAUACAUGGAUCGCAAAAAUGGCGGCGAUCCUUUGGCGCCUCCCCGGCCCCCAAAAUCAUUACCAGGAAUACAUCGUCCACGGGCCCCUGAGCCGCCGAUGAUGAGCGCGCCCUUAUCACCAAUACAACAACGUCAACAAACACAUUUACGUACAAAUAAUCAUCUUCAUACGCAUACGCAUCAUCAGUCAAAUAGUAACAACGGCAACAACAACGUUGUGAAUACUACGAUUAGAAGUAGCAACAACAAUUCUAGUUUAAUAAGAAACAACAACAUCAACAACAAUAACAACAGUAAUCAUAGUAGUAGUGAUGUGCUUUCGGUGCAUCCUGUACCGAUAACAGCACCACUCAUACCAUUACAUCAGCAACAAGCACAUAAUAUUAGUAAUAGUAGUUUAAGUAGUACAACAAUUACUUCAACAAAUAGUUUCACGAGGCGGAGACCGCUGCCACCGCUCCUCGGUACGAACAACAACAACAGCAACACCCUGCUGCCCUCGAUAUCCUCGAAUCUUGUUCACGGCGCCGAGUCCCCCGUUUCGCCUGUCACGCUGGCGGCGCCGCGGCCUGAAAGCGAGCGGCUCGCCAACGAGUAUGUCGACACACCGUUACGGUCGCACCACCACCUGGCGCCACGCGCCCAACACCCGGCCGGACACACCCCCGGUCAGGUUACGACCCCGCACGCCCUCCUGCUCAUUCAGCAGAACGAGCGGCGCCAGCAACAGUUGCAACAUAGUCAUCCGAGUCAUAAUCAACAUAGUAGCAAUGCAAUUAGCCCCGCAAACAUAUCAUUAUCCAGUGUUGGGAGCGGUGGCGGCGGGGGUGGAGGUAUCAGUGGAACCUCGACCUUAUCACAUUCGAAUAUUAGUAGUAGCCAUAAGGGUAGCAGUGGCACGACCACGUCGCUUGGCUCGACCCAAACGACGACGUCGACGACGUUACUACUUCCUGGACAGACGCCCCGACAGCAACCCUCGCCAGGUGUCCGACCUAAUGCGCUGCCCAUUGCCGCCAUCACAAAGCAGCCCGUGUCCUUCUCAAAGGACACGAUGCCCGCUUCAAUGCUGCACGACGACCCCGACAUGCACCAUACUGGUGUCACCCUUGGGGGCGAUUCUCCGAACUCGAUCACCUGCCCGCGCUGCAACCGAUGCCGCUGCGAGCAAUGCCAGAGCCCCCGGAAGCUUCCUUCCCGAUGGGUCUGCAACAAGACGUGCCUGUGUUCCGCUGAGGCGGUCAUUGACUACGCCUCCUGCUUGUGCUGCGUCAAGGCCCUGUUCUACCAUUGUGCGAAGGACAAAGAAAUGGAGGGCGACGAUGGAGAUAUUAUCUCUUGUGCAGAUGACCCUUGUUCGUGUCUGCCACACAAACGGGCGGCACGAUGGGGAUGGCUUGGGGCACUUUCCGUUGUCCUUCCCUGCCUCUGGUGCUACUGGCCCAUGCGCGGGUGUGUCGCCCUCUGCGCCAAGUGUUACGCACGACACUACCGGCCCGGCUGCCGAUGUCAGUCCUCAAUCCGCUCGACGAGUAUGCUGGCGCCCAUUUCGACGACGAACACUAUCAGUGCAGCGAAAACCGCCGACAGUGGUCGAACUGGAGCAGGAGGCGUCACAGGACAUCAUCUUAAUAGUAGUAGCGGUAUCACUGGGAGCGGCCAUCAUCAUGGCAGUGGAACCGGCCGCACUAUCAUGCGAACGAGCGACCUCACUCCGGAAAAGCGGCUGCUCGAUUCAAGUCCCGAAUAUUAAAUAUUACUUUCAAAUUAUGCAAACCAGAGAGAGGGGGAAACUAAAGAAAACUAUCCAGAAAAACAUGGAAAGAUACGCAAACUGCUGCGCACAAAUCAUGGAAAAUCUGUCAUUCAAUGUUAUAAUUUUACCUAUAUUUAAUAUCUGAGGUAUAUUCAUAUAGUAAUAAAAUAAUUAUAAAUAAUAAAUGGAAAUUUAAAAUUACGAAUGUAACCAAAGACUGCAACAGAUAAUUAUUAAAUAUUAGAAUGUUUUUAUUUUAAUUUUAUUUUAUUAUUAUUUUAACAUUAACUCAGAAAAUGCAUUAAGCUAUAUAUUCUGUAACAAGCGAGCCGGGAGGCCAGGUGUAUCCUUGUCGCUUGGGGGUCUCGCCAGGCUCCACCUAUCCCUAACACAUCCAUCACUCCAGUCUCCAUGUACAGUUCCAAUGCCCACUUUUAAUUAAAUCCCAGGAAAGUAGCCAAAAGUGUACGAUACGGACAAAUAGGAAUUCAAAAGAUUAGAUAACUCCUGAACAAUUUCGAAGCUAAAAUUUAUUCAUGUAAGUGUUUAUAUAAAUAACAUUUAAAGGACAUUCUUUCUUUCAUUUUUUAAACGAGGAAAAAUGUGAAUAUCUGAAAAUGUAAUUGAAUGUAAUGAGAUGCAAUGCGCUGUAGAAACAAAACUUUAUUACAAGCAAACUAUAUAUAAAAAUUAACAAAAAGAAACAAUCCUUAAUGUAAGCUGGAAGAGCAAGGAAGAAAAUGGUUGAAAGUUCAACAGAAAGGAAACUGAAUCGAAAAUUCAACACGAUUUAAAGAGAUAAUAAAAAAGAUAAAAUAUUGAAAAAAAAUAUUUAUUUUAUUUUUAUGUAUAAAUGUAUUCUUGUUCCGUUUUUAAAUGUUCUUAUGUUGAUCGCGAAGGGCGUUAUUAUUCCCGACGAACAGUGAGAUUCCAGAAACACCCCAGAGAACACAAAACUGUAAGAGAUGAAGGUUGAUAACAAAUGUAUUUUUGUAAAUUACAAAUGCAAAACUUAAGAAAAAUGGAAAAACUACACAAAGAAUUUCGAUGUAUACAUAAUUAUUAUGUGGUUAAAAGUGAAACUAAUAUAAAAAAAAACACAAUGAAAACCGAAUAAUAACCUUAUUUAUAUUUUUUAUAUAUUUAUUUGUAUCUCUUCAUCUCUUUUUUGUUUUUUACAUUGUUUCUAAUCAGAAAAAGGAAUAGAAAAAGCAAAACAAACAAACCUUAACAAUAAAUAAUGAAGAUCCUUAAAUAUAAAUAUAUAAAAAAAAUAAAAAAU